UUCGUGCGCGUGGGACGUCCUCUCGGCCUAUCAUUUAAUGAAGAUCAAAUUAACACGUGCUUUUCGAUAAAAUUACAAUUUCGGACAAAGUGCAAUAGAUAAAUAAUUUAUAUGAGCUUUUUAAGUAAUUGACAAAUUAGUGAAGUGUUAUUAGUGACUAAAAUUUAGUGAAGUUCCUAUAAAGUUUGAUUUAAAAUCCAGUGUUCACCAUGGCCUGGGAAAGGGGUUUGAUCUUCGUUUGGAUAACGGUGGCAGCUAGUUUAAUAGGAAUUUGCCAAGGAAAUAAAUUGGAAAUUAUAGCUCUACGAGUUCCUGGAGUCAUCCAAGAAGGAGAUAUGGAAAGUGUUGUUUUAGAUUGUGAUUAUACGUUAAAACACUCCGAAGGAUUAGUUCUAAAAUGGUAUUUUAUACCUGAAGGUAGCAAAGCUUCAGCAAAACUUAUAUACCAAUGGAUACCUGAGAAGGAUGGUCCCCAAGCUAUUGGAGCCUUUAGAAAUUCAAUAAAUUUAUCUUACAAGGCUUCAGAAAAUCCUCAUUAUCAAUACCGGGCAAUGAAUUUGUUGAAACCGAGCAGAAAUAUGUCAGGGACGUAUCAGUGCGUUGUUGACACGUUCACUGAGGGCCCUGCUAAGAGUUCUGCUAAAAUGAUUGUUUAUGUUCCUCCAAAGACUCUUCAAUUCAGCCAGGAGAAAAAUGAGGAUGGCUCCAUCGAAGUAUCUUGCACAGCGAAUGAUGUUUUUCCAACUCCUGUCAUGAACAUUCGCGUCGAAAACAAAAUAAUGCCCGAUAUUGAAAGCAAUGUGACCCAAGAACACGAUCUUCUCUACGACAUUCGCGUCGAAACAGAUUUAGACAUGGAUGAGCUCCCAGAGGACCCUACAAAAGUCUUUUGUGAAUUAUCACUCCCUGAUGCUAAUUACAAUAUUAAACAAGAAGGAAUUAUAUAUAAAGGCGGCAUGCCCACGAUGGUUCCCAAAUCGGCGGCCUCGGCGAAUUUGGCAGCAUCGGCAUCGAGAAAUAACGUGAACUCUGCAAAUAUGCUGAUGCCUUGCUUGCAGCUUUUGAUGGCUCUCUACUGUUCUUAUUUUGUACUAUAAUCUUCCUAAGUCCAAUAUAUCAUCAUAUUUUAUCCGAUCAAAAAGCUCGGAAUUGAAAAUCUCUGCACUGCCUCCAACUCAUGUUAACAAAUUUUUUAAACAAAGUUUAAUCAGAAAAGUUCUAUUAAUCCGGCUUCGAUGUGCUGUUUGUUCUACACGAAAUAUUUGUAAGAAAAGUGUAAAAUUUGACUAGUUAAGUAGCUUAAUUUAAAAUAUUCUCUGAGGACAGAGGAUGUUGACUUGAUCAUAUUGCAAUCUGCAGGAAAUUGUAAAUAUAUUUAUCAAAAAUUGUUAAUGAACCAAAGGCGUAGUUAUUAACUAUUUAAAUGUAUAACUUCAACGCUGAUAUUGGUUUUAAAAUAAAAUGGAAUUUAAUUAAAAAUGCUUCGAAUCAUGGGAAGACCACAUUGAACAUUUUUGAUACAUAGUUCUAUAGCAAAAAAAAAAUUAUAAAAUAAUUAUUUAUAAGUCUCAGCUUAUAAAUGACUCUAAACAAUCAUAAGGAUACAAUGGAACAUUUAAUUAAAAUUAGCAUUAUUUUAUAUCAACAUUUUUUAAAGUAAAAUAAAGUUCCACUGGAGUU